GUUGGGCACUACAAGAAAAUCUUAAAGCUAAUCAAAAAGAUCCAGUAAAACGACUAACUGAAAAAGUAAAGGGAUUACUAGGGGUUAUGUUUCAUUUUGGAGCAACCAAUACAAAACUAAAAAUGGAUGCAACUGAAAUGCAUAUGGAGUUAUUACGACGUGCACAACUUGGAGAAAUUGAAUACCAAGAUGUGCCCAAGAUGUCCACUAUAGCUAAUUGGAUUAAAAGAACAUCUUGGGCUGUAAAACAAAGUAUAGCAUUGCAAUUUUUAGAAAAAACUGAUGAAUGA